AUGUUUGAACUUGAUAGUAUACUCGAUACAAAUGUUGAAAAGAAGAUGCUGAUGUUGAAGGAAGACAUGAUAGUUGUACUUGUUUCUUGUUUCGCGUAUUUUUUACAAAAGUCACACAAUGACGAAGACGUGAGCGACGGAGAAGGUGGCCAUUCGGGAGGCGAACACGAUGAUUUAGAUAGUUGUGAUGAAAUGCGGCGACACGGAGGACUUCUAGCAGAACACGGCGAUGUCCUCGCAAAGCUUAAAAUGCAGGUGCGGGACAUCAAGGUAGGGGACGAUUACGACAGUGGAGGUGGCGGCCGAAGCCUUAACCUAAACUUCCCUUUGAGCAAUCGUGUGAUGUCCUCAAACGGAAGCGGACCAGAUGGCUUCCAAUUGCCAGUUCCGUUUCCUUUUCCUCAUCCAGCUGCUGCUUUUUUACCGCCAAUGGCACCUCAGGCCACAGCUCCGUCUUCUGGCAGUUCACAUUCUUCAGAAGGAAGCGCUUCGUCCCAACACACCUGGUCUUUCGAGGAGCAAUUCAAACAGGUGCGUCAGGAUGUUGACGGCACGAGACCCCAAUCCAACCGUGUUAAAUAUAUUUUGAUAAAUCCAUUUUGUGACUCCGAAAAUAUAUCAGAAUAA